AUGGGUCUUUUCAAAAAGAACAAAUCCGACACACCAAUCGAUGCGCAAUUGGCAGCGCAGAAAUCUGCACGAACAAAAUACAGAUGGAAGCUCAUCCUGGGUCUCUUUGGACCGUUUGCUCUGCAAUCCUUCGACACUACGGUUAUUGCUUCCGCUCUGGGAACCAUCGCCGUUGACUUUGAUCAAUUAAACCAGUUCAACUGGAUUAUUUCAUCGUUUAACCUCACAUCCACAGCAUCUUUCUUCUUCUGGGCCCAGAUUGCUGACGUCUUUGGUCGCCAUGUUGCUAUACAGGCGUCCAUUAUAAUCAUGAUGAUUGGUUCGGCCAUCUGCACUGGUGCACCGACAUCGUCCUUUGGUGCUCUUCUUCUCGGUCGCGCCAUUCAGGGAAUUGGCUGCUCUGGUGUCAACAUCUGCGUCCGAACCAUUCUCGCCGACAAGGUAUCACUAGAAGAAUUCGCCGCUAAUUGGACCAUUUUUGUUCUUAUUUCAGGUGUUUCUUUUGGUAUUGGGCCGCUUGUUGGUGGAUAUCUUACGGAGGUAUCCUGGCGAUGGUGCUUCGCAAUCAAUCUCCCCAUUUGCGCCGCGUCCAUGCUACUUGUCGUCCUCGUUCUCCGCAAGGAGCUUCUUGGACCUCAGCCAAUUGCAGGACUUGACGAAAAUCUGCCAAAUGGUCGCCGGGCUACGGUUUUACGACGCCUCUCCACCAUCGACUACGGAGGUCAGAUCCUCUUCCUCUGCGGCAUUGGUCUUUUGGUCUUGGCUCUUACCUGGGCCGGUGGAAGUUACAGCUGGGGCUCAGCGCACGUCCUUGCCCCUUUGAUUAUCGGAGCCGCUCUAACAGUGGUUUGGAUCUUUUAUGAACGUGAAAUGGCACCUGGUCGCCACAUGUCUCGAGUCUUCCCUCGCCAAAAAGCCAUGAUGCCAUGGGCGAUUCUUACACAGCGAGAAAACUGCCUUACAUUCGGUAUCAACAUGACAAGCGGCAUGGCUAUCUAUGCCAUCAUGUAUUUUCUCAGCCUGUACUUUACCCUCGUUGACGGGCAGUCGUCCCGAGACGCGGGACUCCAGCUGCUGUACUAUAUGCCUGGGCUAACGGGCAAGUAUUUGAUACCGUGUCUGAAAGAAUUAGUUGCUAACUGUGUCUUAGUUGGUGUCUACACGGCGGUAUUUGCCACGAAGAGAUGGCCACGACAGACCUAUGCGCCACUUCUUCUUGGUGCCGUGAUAACAGCCGUCGCCAUUACUGUACUGACAUGGGCCGUCCAUGAACACAACAACAAUGUCGUCUAUGCGAUGAUGGCACUUGUCGGCUACGGUGUAAUGCUUCGCAUGAAUCCUGCCGCAGUUCAUGCUCUGGCGUACUUCCCUGACAUGACGGCUCGAAUUACCUGCCUCACGACAUUUGCACUUCCCUUUGGUGGUCUCUUUGGUCUGACGUUGAUGUCAACGGUAUUCAACAACAAAACGAUUGGCGACCACGAAGAUCCAAAGACGGCAAUCAUGUGGGCUUUUGUUUCCCUGAUACCGUUCAUGUGGAUGUGCGUUUUAUUUUCCGUCUUCCUCGGAAACGUUUGGAUCGGCCAGGACGGUGGCCACGAGGCUCUUGAAGGUUCUUACCUUUGGCAGCUCAUCACACGCAAAACAAUGGUCAAAACAAACUUCUCUCGCACGGAUGCCACUGUCGAACUUCACAAGAUAGAAACGGCGGACAAUAGAGUCUAGAGCAGUCAUUUAAUGAAAUAGUGUUAUUCAUUGAAGCCUGAAGCAAACGCUGCUAGUUACAAAUUGGAAACCAUCCGUUCGCCCAAUACCCUUCAUCUAAUUACCAUUAUAAUCAUACAUACCCAUUUAACAUACAAGAUAAGCCUAUCAAACUCUAAGAAGCUUGUCAUUCAGCAGCUUUCCCAGAACUCUCUGCUGCAGGUGGUGUGGCAGGCUUUGCAGCCUCUGGGGGUGCCUCUUCCGCACCAGACGCACUUCCUCCAUCCGAAGCUCGCGAGGAACUGGAGCUUUUUCGACUUCGAGGAGGUUUACGCCUUUUUCGGUAUGUGCAUCUCACAGAAUGCCGGUAGAUCCAGAGAAAUACGCAAACGGCGAUGAGUGAGGCUCCGCCAACAAACGCAAUGACGAUGCCGAUUUUGACAUUUUGAUUCUCCACUGGAUUGCUGGAGAAGUCUCGCUUAUUGACGUCUUGAUUUGAAGCAAGGGAAUUUUCAUUCAAUUUCCACGGAAGGUACAUAGCUCCCGUGGAAGUGAUGUGUCUGGGGAGAGUGUUGUGACAACGGGUUUUGAUGACUACCCAAGAUGCUUGUGGGUUGCUUGAGAAAGGAACAAAUAUUAAAAGUAGAAGAAAAAAGGGGUGAAGUAAUACAAGGUGCUCCAGGGAGCAGAGAAACGAAUGGAGAGCAGACGUACUCUGCAAGAGAGCGGCAUGGUGAGGUAAUUAUACUACGCAGACCAUCAUGUUGGGUUCAGCAUGCAUGUAACAUGCAGCAGAAGGUCCUCCGGGGGCGAGCGGCAUGCAACCUCUUUGCUUUCAAGGUCCAGCGAUGAUUAAAUAGAGGGAGAGAACAAUGGAUCGGCGAAUGACAGGUUGCAGGUCGGGUAUCCCAGCGCCUGCAAACGCCCCGUGAUUCCUGUUGGACAUGAAUGGCGGUUGGGUUGAUUCUACCUAGAGCCCUUGGCUGGGGAGCACAGUAACUGUUAGGCUAUGGUUCAUGCGAUGCAGCCAGUGUGCUGUAAACGCCGGUACUCAUCAUGCUGCUAGUAGGACAUGUACAACUACAGUAUAUGCCGUCUCGACAGCACGCUUCUUCAAUUACACCGACAACAACGUGACGCACCCGUCUUCGGAUUUAACAGCCAUUGAUAUUCUUUUUUGUUUUUCUACUCCUUCGUCUAGAAGAAGAACCCGUAAGACGAAGCCG